AUUGUUCCGCGACUCUCGUCGGAGUACGGUUAUCCGGUCGACGUAAUGAGCCUGUGUACAAAACUGAUUAAUAACGAGACAAAUCAGUGAACGUGGUUCCGAGUCGCGUAGCUGGUCGCUCUGUGUUAUUCCGUGUCUGAACCCUGUAUUCUUCCCCGAUGUGUAAACACAUCUGAAUGCAUCCUUCUCCUUCCUUGACGUCAGAGAAGAAGGGUAGUAGUCGCCCGUUCCGAGUGUAUUUACCUGGCAUUGCGGUACAGUAAAUGCGCAAAUAAAAAUGGACUCUAACGAGGACUUUGAUAGCGAUUAUAGCGACGACGAGAAUUUCAUAGUAGGUACGUCUUCUGAAUAGAAAAGCCGAGAUACACGAGAGUACACGUAGUGUAAGGUUAGGCGAAGAUAUAUCGUUUGUACAUACGUAUGUGAGGUAUGUUUGUUAGCGCAAGUAAACGAGCGAACUGACGAGUGAAGGGUCGAUUGCGUCGAUGGCCAGAUCCUCGUUUGUAGUAAUUCGUUGUCACUUUUUAUAUUAUUGUACUUGAACCGACGUAUCGAUACACGUUAAAAUGACGUUGGUGCAACUGUGCAUAAGGCUGUUGAAGUGCCCAAUGCUGAAGUUAAACUGCUUUGCAGAAGCUCCACUUAAUGAUCAAGAUACGGCCGACGAGUCUGAAGCUUGGUCGGAGAUAAUGACAGACGAUUUAGAUUCAUUGGAUAAUAGAGUAGAGCGCGCUAUGGACAGUGUGCCGGUACCGACAGAAAAUACUUUUGAUGUUACAUUGCCAGCAGCACAUGCUUACUUAGGACAGAAUCUAGAAGAGCUAAGAGGAAGGACAAUAUUAGACGAUGGCAUUUAUAUGAAUCUGCCAUUGUUGGUCAAACAAUCUCUAUUAUUUCCUGGACAAACACUACCCAUGACAGUAUUCGGUGCACGGAUUAUAGAUAUGCUGCAGACGUGCAUACAAAAUAAUCGUACUUUCGGCGUUGUGUGUGACUAUCCCGAGAAGGGGAAAAUAGGAACGACUGCUGAGAUCUAUGAGUACACAGAUUCAUCGCUGGAUUAUGGACGACGAGAGUUUCGUCUAAAAGCUAAAGGCAGACAGCGCUUUAAGAUAUUAAAUCUUACUUCAUCGGAUCAUAAUAAAAUCACCGCGGAAGUUAAAAUAUUGCCGGAAAUCACGCUUGGCCCACCGUUUUUGGAACAACGUUUGGCUUCAUUAGACCACCUAAGGGUCUUCCCCGAUUCAGAGGAAACAUUCAUGAGGAAGCAGAAGAGGGUUGAAAACUGGGAUGCUGCGGUAACCGCUUGGCCAGCUUGGGUCUAUAGGCAGUACGAUCCCAAGAGACUCUCGAACAAAAUACGUCACGAUCUUCAGUUUCUUGAAAUCAGAGGUGGUAGCGUACCUAAGGAUCCUGUAGAUUUGUCAUUCUGGGUCGCACAAAACGUUCUUAUAAAUCACGAUGAGAGGCUCGCGUUACUAAGUUAUGACUGUGCGAUUUCCCGGCUGCAAAGAGAAAUAAAAUGUCUCGUGGAUGAUAAGAUUUAUGAGUGCGCGAGUUGCGAGUCCCUUAUCGGAAGGCAGUCGCAUAUGUUCCCGAUGAACAGGGAGGGCCCGCAAGGUACUUACGUGAAUCCAGGCGGCGUUCUACACGAGACUAUAACUUUCUAUCACGUUGUCGGUGUGAUGCUUAGCGACUCGAAUCCUUCGACCGAGUACAGUUGGUUUCCGGGAUACGCUUGGACAAUAGCUUCCUGCAAAGGCUGUCGUCGUCACGUUGGUUGGAAGUUCACGGCGGUACAGAAUGAUCUAAAACCCAAGAGAUUUUGGGGUCUGACGCGCAGAAGUCUGAAAAAUAGGGAUUUAAGAAGGGAGAGCAAGGAAUAAAACUGAUCCGCGCUUGUUGGAUAAUCAUAAACGCUUUGACAUUCACUAAACGGAUCUUUUUUAAACUAGCGCACAUAAUUUUAUUUUAUAUAAUCACGAUUAAGGUAUAUCAUAUGUUGAAUUUUAAUUUAUUUACUGGCGUUGUCUAUUUUUUUUUUUAACUUUUUACGAUUGGAAGCACCUGAGGCAUGUCCAAAGAAGAGUUGUUAUACAUUUUUAUGGCCAAUGUUGAGGCGUUUAUGAUACCUGUUGCAUGAGUUUCGUUCUAUCUCUAUAAUGUGUAUGUUUAUAUACAUAUACAUAUAUAUAUAUAUAUAUAUAUAUAUAUAUAAACACACGUAUGUCACUAUAUGUAAUGUGACUUUUAGAUACGCUUGGAUAAUAGAGAUUUGUAAAGAUUGUCUUGUAUAUGCGAAGGAAAUAAUCUUUUAAGGAUAUGCGAUGCGAGUUACAAAGUUUCACAGCUUUUUAAACUGCAGAUGAUCCGUUGCAGGGAUUGAUUAGCUAAUUGUCGUUAUUUAUAUUAAACUUCAUCCAAACUCUAUCUCGCUGUCUCUUCCUUUUGAGUACGAUUUUGCUGCUAUCAUCGCAGAUUACGUGAUUAGAAGAGUGUUUUUCCCGUCAUCGUUGCUUGCCUUAGCGUUUUAUACAAGAAAAUCGGUUACCUUGUAUAGUACUUAACGUUCUUUUAUGCUUUUGAAAAAUAUAUGCUGCGUACAAAAAACAUAAAAAGUUCUGUUUAUAUAAUUAUCCGUUGUAGUAGUGAGUAUAUAAUUAUAUUAUAUCCGUUGAAUUCUUUUGUUAAAAGUACUGUACAAAUUAAGAUUACAUCUUCGUAUCUAUUUCUAUAUAUAUAUAUAUAUAUUUGCGUAUUACCUCUAAACAUAGAUUAAUCAGACAAAUCUGAACUUAAGAUGCGAGUCUAAAAGUAAAAUGUAUAAGCGAAUAAAAAAUAAAUCUAUAUGAAUUU